GCAGGCAGGCUGGAGGCUGGGGGCGCACGCGCGGCGGGCCGGCGGCGGGGCUUCCCGGACGCAGGCGAUGGAGAGGCCGCUGGCGGCCCCUCGGCUGCCCCCGCACGGCCCGGGGACGCCGGCGCUGUCGGUGGUGGACAUGCACACCGGCGGCGAGCCCCUGCGCAUAGUGCUGGCGGGCUGUCCGGAGGUGGCCGGCCCCACGCUGCUGGCCAAGCGGCGCUACAUGCGCCAGCACCUUGACCACCUGCGACGGCGGCUCCUGUUCGAGCCCCGGGGGCACCGCGACAUGUACGGGGCCGUGUUGGUGCCUAGCGAGUUGCCGGACGCGCACUUGGGCGUCCUGUUCCUGCACAACGAGGGCUACAGCUCCAUGUGCGGCCACGCGGUGCUGGCGCUGGGCCGCUUCGCGCUCGACUUCGGGCUGGUGCCCGCACCCCCGGCCGGCGCCCGCGAGGCCCGCGUCAACAUCCACUGCCCGUGCGGGCUGGUGGCCGCCUUCGUGGAAUGCGAGCACGGCCGCAGCCGCGGCCCAGUGCGCUUCCACAGCGUCCCAGCCUUCGCGCUGGCCACAGAUCUCUUAGUGAAUAUUCCUGGUCAUGGAAAGAUGGCGGUAGACAUUGCAUAUGGUGGGGCAUUUUAUGCAUUUGUUAGUGCUGAAAAGUUAGGCCUUGACGUUUGUUCUGCAAAGACAAGGGACCUUGUGGAUGCUGCGAGCACAGUGACAGAAGCAGUCAAAGCUCAGUUUAAAAUUAAUCAUCCUGAGAGUGAAGACCUUUCCUUUCUGUACGGAACUAUAUUAACAGAUGGAAAAGACACUUAUAGUGAGGAACCAACCACCAACAUCUGUGUGUUUGCAGAUGAACAGGUUGACAGAAGUCCUACUGGCUCAGGAGUGACAGCCCGAAUUGCCUUACAGUAUCACAAAGGCCUUCUAGAACUGAACCAGACCAGAGCCUUUAAAAGCAGUGCAACUGGCUCAGUAUUCACAGGGAAGGCUGUGAGGGAAGCAAAAUGUGGGGAUUUUAAAGCUGUUAUCGUGGAAGUCUCUGGACAAGCCCAUUACACAGGUACAGCAAGUUUUAUAGUGGAAGAUGAUGACCCUCUGAGGGAUGGAUUCCUUCUCAAGUGACUUCUUCAAGCUUUUCAGGGCUUUUCUGAAUGAUGUGGAAAAUGAUAUGAAACUGUAUGAUUUCUUUCUAAAAUAUUAUGCUGUGACUAAAUAUAAUCAUUAUACGUGCACAUGUAAUUGGUAUAAAUGCCACUUAGGUCUAGCUUUUAAAAUGCUGAAAAUUCAGAAUAUUUUUGUAGUUAUUAACAUAUCAGGUAAAAUUCAUAUCUUAGUCCCGUUACUUUUUAAGUAUUACACUAUGCCACUUACUGUAAUAGUUUGUAGACGCUCUUUGAAUAAUAGUUUGAAUUGUAGCCCUCAUAACAAUGACUCUUACAAGUUCAUUAUUUUAGUCUUCCAGUUUUUGAGUCAAAUACAUCCUAUCCUGUACAUAGGAUGUCAUGUACAUCCAACAUGGGCAGGAUGUAAGGAGGAUGGAUUAUUAUAAGGUACUCAACAUUUAGCAUACAUAGCCUGGGAAGAAUUGGGGUGGCUCAGCUUCUUUGGAUAGAUGUCACUUACAGCUGCUCCCAGGAUGUUCUGUGGGCUGCAAAGUCCAGCUCCUACUCCAAGGUAACUGAAGUGCCAUAAGCUGAUGUGAGAAGACCAAUGAAUAAUCAGACGUUUGUUAUAUCUUUAAGGCUCUUAUAAAAGGGUUUGUGUCAUUACUGCAUUAUAAACACAGUGGGAAUCAAUGAAUAAACUACAGUAGAGUGAGUCUCAUACACUAUCAACUACGUGCCAGAUUUAAAACUUGAAAUAAAUGUUAACUGUUAAUUUUUGCUAGCUAAUUGUCUGUGAACCUGUUAAAAAUAAAUUGGAUCACUCAGUUAA